AUUUUAUAAUUGAUUUGCAUCAAGUGAACACAGAAGUAGAAACGAUGGCGGCUACUGCAACUCUUUACGGUGGUGAUGUGUCUGAUUAUAGCGAUAAAGCUGACUGGUUCAAAUAUAAGGAAAAAUUUGACAAAAAAUACAACUCUGAUGAGGAAAGUAAGAGAAAAAAAAUAUUUGAAGAAAAUUUAUUAAAAAUACAAGACCAUAAUAACAAAUACCAGACGGGUGCAGUAACGUACAAUAUGGAUAUCAAUGAGUUUACUGAUUAUACAGACGAUGAGCUCUCACAGAUAUAUUAUACAGGCGAGGAUACAAAAGAGGAACAUUUAUUUAGUGAAGAUUUAGAAGAUGUAUGUUCAGGAGGGUGCAUACAUUCUAGAUCCAGCCGCAGCCGUCCUGAUAUCUCUACUGAUCGGGAAUCUAUCAAUUGGAGAGAAAAAAACGCAGUAACAAGUGUUAAGAGUCAGAAGAAAUAUAAAACCUGCUGGGCAUUUGUUACGGCUGGUAUUCUUGAAGGACUAGUGGCUAUAAAACAUAAGAAAUUGCAAUCUUUAAGUACACAACAACUUAUCGAUUGUACUGCAGGAUAUGAAGAAUUAAAAGGAGGUUAUGUAAUAGAAGGUUUGCGAUAUGCUGAGGAACAUGGAUUGUUAACUGAUAAUGACUAUCCAUAUAAGGGGCCUAAAUCACGCUGUAAAUCAGAUGCCAAAACAAACAAAAAAAGGGUAUUUCCGGUAGAUUACCACAUAGCACGUAAUAUUUCUGUUGAGAAAUUAAAAUCGUUGGUGCGAGAAAUAGGACCGGUGGGAGUACUACUACAAGUUAGUAAAACCGCAGAAUUGUUCCGUUAUGCGGGAGGCCUUUUUGCUGGAAGCAUCACUGAAUUAUUUUAUCAUGCAGUUUUGUUGGUUGGUUACGAUACAGAUAGCACAGGAACAAACUACUGGAUUAUAAAGAAUUCCUGGGGCACCCGAUGGGGAGAAAAUGGUUAUCUAAGAAUACAAAUGGACAAUAAAUACGGGAUAACCAGAAAUGUAUAUUAUGCUACCGCGGUGGAAAUCUUGCCCGAGGAGUAAAACAUGUUACAAAUUAUUUUUAAAUUUUUGAUUUGUUUAUAGCGUACUCAAAUAGUAGUAUUUAAAUUCCUUUAUAUUCUACAUAUUCAUAUCGUUUAAUUAUACAAUAUUUAUUAUACUAUUACAUAUUAUUAUACUCUUAUAAUUAAAUACUAAAUAAAUGGUGUAGGUAA